AUGACAAAGACGGCGGGGGGGAGGGGUAGAGGGGGGAGAGAGAGAGACUCACUCAAGAGGGACGGAAGGGGGCGUCUCUUCUCCCCUCCCCUCCCCGGCCUCACGCUGGAGGGGGAGGGAAAGGAAUAGCCUUAUGUCCUCCUCCCUCACAAACCCAACUUACAAUAGUCUCCGCCAUGUCCUCGCAGCCGCUCCCGACCCGCGUCCUGCCCCGGCUCCAGCAGCAGAUCGCCUCCUGCCUUCCAGCUCGUGCACCGCCAAUACUGCCGCGUCACCGUUCCCGCCCGGGCUGUCUUUCCAGGACACCAAGAUCGCAGAAGAUGAAACCAGUGCAUUGCUACCAAAGGUGGACAAACUGGACAUAUUUUGCCCCUCUAAUGCACAAGGCUCCCCUCCCAGCAGAGAAAGAGAAAUGGGCCGGCCUAGGAAACAGACAAGACAGUGGCAUCUCCGCCAAUCUUCCCAUCACCCUCUGGACUCACUUAGCUACUGUAUUAAAUAUUUGGCCAUUGUUUGGAACCUGGUGUUCUCUAUUACAGGAUUGCUCAUUUUGGCAAUAGGGAUGUGGGGUCUCUCUGACAAGGAGUCACUUGCAAGUGAACAGGUAACUUAUUUGGGCAGUGACCCAAUGCUCUUUUUUGUACUAGUGGGUCUGGUAGCCAGCAUUAUGUCUCUCCUGGGUUGUACAGGAACCCUCUUUGAAAACACCUGCCUCUUGAAGCUUUUUACUGGAGGAAUCAUCACCUUUGUGAUCCUGGAAGCUCUAGGUGGAAUCGUUCUCUUUUCUCUGAGACACCAAAUCAAGGCCUCCUUGCAAAAUUCUCUCAUGGUGGCAGUGCUACGAUAUCAAGAUGACCCAGAUCUCCAAUUCAUUAUGGAUGAAAUUCAAAUGGGCCUGCAGUGCUGCGGAGUGGAGUCUUACCUAAACUGGAAAACAAAUUUGUAUUUUAACUGCAGUUCUCCAGGCAUGCAAGCCGGUGGUGUUCCAGCUUCCUGCUGCCUGGAUCCACUGGAAAAUAGUACCAUACCAAAUUCCCAGUGUGGCUUUGGCACCCUGGUCCUGGAGGAGUCUGUGGCUCAAAGCACCAUCUACCUUGGAGGCUGCGUUCCCCAGCUGAGCAGAUGGUUUAAUAAUCAUGCAGGAGCAAUUGGCUUUUAUUUUGCGUUUCUGAUUGUGAUUGAAGUAGGAAGCUUAUUACUGGCCACUAAACGUCUGGCAGGCAUUGCCUUUGCUAGGACUCAGUAUUACAGUGAGAGGGAGGAAACAUAUUUGCUCUCCUAUCGCCAGAGACUGAGGGGAUUUUACUCAUGAUCUUCUGAGGAGUAUAAAUCCAGAAUAUUGGAUUCCUAUUCCUAUUAUGAUAUGCUAGUUAACUUUCCAGUGCAGGAUGUGUGUUUUGUAUGAGGAACAGAAAGCCCCUUUGCACUUGAAUACGUCUUGCUUGUGUCCUGCACUCACUGUCCUUGGCUGGAGCUUAUUCCCCUGCUCACCUCCAGCUGUAUCCUGUUUCAUCAGUACUAUCUCUCUUCCUUCUAUGCGCCCUUCCUCAGUGUUUCCAAAUAUGGCCAGAAAAAGAAGAGGAGUGUUGUAGAGCACCCUGUUGGUAUCUGGCCUUCAUGUGUUGUAGAAAAUUCUGCACUCAGGCAGCAAUUGGUCUUCCGUAGCCUUUUCUCAAAACCAGUAUCUGGAUUGGGCAUGGAAACCAGGUCCAGCCCAACAACUGGCUUCUCCCGCCUUCCCAAAGCCAAUGCUCCCACUUGCAUGUGUCUGCUGUGGUGGCAAAGAUUUAGGGAAUGCUCUGAAGAAUCUCAUGCCCCUUUCAGCAGGCACUGAAAACAUAUUACAGCAGGCUGUGGGGAGGGAAUUCCUUUUGUCUAAUUCAAUACAGUAUUUUGUAAUAGCAUGUUGAGGUAGACUUUUGAUUUCUACUGGCAUGUAGACCUAGAGUAGAGGCACUGGAGGGCCACAACCAGAAUGCACAGAUGCCAGUGCUUUGCCAAAUGCUCACUUGAGCCUUUUUGACAUGCUUUCCUUUCCUCGUUAUAUGUUUCAUUCAGUUCUGGUAAUACCUUUUAGCAGAGUGCCAUUGUAUGACUAAUGGAAGCCAAGCCCUUUGAGGCUGAAAAGUUCUCUGGUGGCACUUUCACCAUGACUGAUGAGCUGCUCCUCCUUUACUCCACUCUCCUUGAUCUGAUUAUAGCUUUUUACUUUUCAUUAAUUAUACAUUAUAGCAAUGGUCUCUGCUCCCCAAGUCUUUUCAGCUUCAUAUUCUAGCUGCUCCAAUCAAUAGUUCUUGGCUCUCCUUAGUAAACGUUUCCCCCAUUUGUAUGGCAUUGGGUGAUCUAUAGUGACAAUAUCUGCAUCUUUUCUGGAAUCCAUACUGCAGACUUGCAUUCCUUAAGAUAUGCCACCAAAGGAUUGCAGCUUGCUGAGUUUUUUAAAAAAUCAAAUUAUGUAGGAAAUAUUUCAUAUGAACCAUUAUGCCUAUGUUCUACCUCCCCUGUUGGAAGCAGUAUGCUCCUGAAUAUCAGUUGCUGGAAAUCACAGGAGGGGAGAGUGCUCUUGUACUCAGGUCCCAUUUGCUGGCUUCCCAUAGGCAUCUGAUGGGUCACUGUGAGAACAGGAUGCUGGACUAGAUGGGCCAUUGGCCUGAUACAGCAGGCUGUUAUGAUCAUAUUAAAAGUGCAGAAAUGAAAAAUAGUAUUGUGGAGGAAACAGAGCCCCUUUAAGAACAUGAAGCAAUUUCCAUGGGUGAAUCAUACAGGAAGAUAGAUCCUUGUGCUGGAACCAUCUUCAGGAAGUUAACGUCUCAUGUCCUGUCACUUAUUUGACUGUUGUUCUCAUAGCCCAAAACCAUGGUGGGGGAGAAGGGAGCAGGCAAUGCUUAUCUCCCCCCUUUCUGCAGGUUCCCAAAGGGCCAGGCACAGUGAGGCUGAGAGUUUUGUGUUCUCCUCCAUCUCCCUUUGUAGCUUGCCUGGAGUCAAGUUCAUUGGGGUGGCACCCAGGUUGUUCCUCUGUGUCCCAGUCGGUUCAGAGGGAGAUGAACCAGGGCAAAGGGAGAGAGGGGCCUGGCUGCAUAAAGGAAAGAAAGCAGCUUCAGUGCUUGGGUGUUGCUUGGCUUCUUCAAUGCCAAGCCCAGUGUGACAGGAGGAGACAAGAAAGAUUAUGCAAGGAGACAAGACCUUGUGGAGGGAAAGGAAGUUGGAUGCACAGAAAUGCAUUGGCUUUCCUGGUGGGCUCCCUCAGCCACUGGAGGAUGAGAGCAGGCACUCCAAACCAGAAAAAUACUUGAAGUGCACUGCAAUUAGUCACUGAAUCUCAGUUCAUGUUGACAGGUGUGUGAA